AUUGCGAUUACUAUUUCAUCGAGGAAGCCAAUCUCAAAAUAAACAGCAUAUUUUUGCAACUUAGGUCUAGAUUAUUUGUCGCCUAUGAUGAAUGCACAUAAAGCUCUCCAGGACAGACAGAGCGAGACAAAUUAUGAUGAGUAUCUGAUGGCUAUGAAACGGGUGCACCACGGGCAUUCUGUCGUGAACGAUGUGCCGACUGAGAUAGAGACCCCGAGAGCACGUCGAAGGAAGCAGAGCAUGCAGAAACAGGCUAUGUAUAAAUCUAAGUGUAUUACUAGAAUUACUUAACUAUGCAGAUCAGAAUGGACCUAAGAAAGUUAAAAAGACCAAUAGUCAGGUUUCAACAAUGACUUCUGGGUACCUACCUACUUAUCACUACGUGUAAGGUACGUACUUAGGUAAUUUGUACAGCGCUGGGUUCGAACCCCGGACUGCGUGCAUCACAAUGCACUUGCACUUAGAGCUUGGCAUUGUUGACAGUCGAAUAUAUUUUUAAAUUUAUUGUACCUACAUACCUAUUGUCUUCGAAGUCGAAAAACCAACGAAACAAAGAUAGAUUGGAGUAAGUAGGUUGACUGAUGGGCACUGUAGGUACCUGUGCUGUCCAGAAACCCAGAUUGUGGGUAGCAACCCACGGUACCCACAGUAAUUGCUAAGAGUUUUUCGAAAAACUGAAAUUAAACAACCCGAUAAUAUUUGGUCCUACCCAGGAAUCGGGCCUGCAGGCUAUUCUGUAAAAUGUCAAUUUGGACUCUCGAAGCAAUUCUUGCCCGUCAUUGAUCGAGAUCGAGAUCUCACAACCAAUGACAUAGUGGACUGCGAUCGAGCUCAUUGCUCGGUACUAAUAGGUACUACAUGAGCAAAUGAGACAUUCCGUUUUUGUCACAAAUCCACUGCAAUUACCGGCUACCGAAAUUAGAAAGGUUCUUAUAAUUUCCAGGCUAGACAGUAAAGACACAUUGAACUCGAUGACGGAGGCGGCUCGCAUGGGCAUCAUAGCGUCCAUGGUGCCUGAUGAGAUCAUUUACAAGCAUUGCGACUAUUCUAUCAGAAGCUAUGAGACCGCCCUCAUGUUCUGUGAUGUUUCUGGUUUUACCGAACUUUGCGAUAAAUACACAAUCUCGGGAAGUGGUGGGCCAUCAAGACUGACGAAAGUUCUGAACUCCUACAUCGGAGCCAUGGUCCAGGAGAUAUUGACACACAAUGGGGACGUGCUGAAGUUCUCCGGUGAUGCGUUCCUGUCCAUGUGGAAGAAAACCGCCAGGUUGUCCAUGCAGGAUGUGGUCCAUAGUGCCAUCGACUGCGGUCUUAUUAUACAGAAGAAUUACGGAAAUUUUACAUCUGAUGUUGGUGUUGUUUUGAAGGUAAAAGUGGCAAUAUCAGCUGGCCUCUCGCACUUUUCGAUCAUUGGAGACGAGAACUUGACUCAAUCGAGUUCGUCAUUCGUGAUCAUUGGCCAGCCUGUGUGGGACGUCAAGAUGGCACAGUAUAUGUCCAAGUCAGGAGAUGUGCUGACUGCUGCCAGCGCUUGGACUUAUGUUAACGAAGCUGAGUAUUGGACUCAACCGUGUGGAGACGGAAGACAUACUAAGGUUUUAGGAGUUGGUGCCUCUUGGAAGAGAGUGGAAAAAUUGCAAGAAAAUUUAGGAGAACGAAAAUAUUCCGAGACGGUAGGGUUUGCGAAACAACAUCGCGAAUCUACGUUCUCGACAGACUCUAGCGAUUCGGCAGCUCUCAUCAUGUACAAGGAGUUCUCUCUUCGGCCAGCUGUAAUAGCAGCAGUAAGAACUUCAUGGUACCCUGACCUUCGGCGGUUCAUGGCGUUACCAGUUCUUCGUGCAGUGGAGAAUGAUGAGCCAAUGGAUUUCCUCACUGAAAUCCGCCGCGUCAUCGUCGUCUUCCUCAAUAUCAUUACGAGGACUGUCACUCCUGAUGUACUUAUUGAACUCGUUGAUACUGUUUAUAAGCGAGUUUCGAGCUUGACGUCAGAAUCUGGUGGACUGGUUAACAAGGUGUCCAUGUUCGACAAGGAUAUGAUGAUCCUCAUAGUAUUUGGUUUGAGAGGACUCAGCCACGAAGACGAGGCACAACACGCAUUACUGUGCGCCUACCAGAUCAAAAACCAGAUCGUUGAUCCGAAUAUCAUAAAUGUAUCGAUUGGAAUUACUUCUGGCACAACUUAUUGUGGAGUAGUUGGUCAUAUUUUGCGAAGAGAAUACACUGUCAUCGGCCCCGCGGUUAAUAAGGCGGCAAGACUAAUGAUGUGCUACCAAGAUAAAGUGACGUGUGACAAGGAGACCUUCCUCCGAAGUAAAAUUGAACAGGAGUAUUUCAAGCAACUCGAGUCCAAACCUUUGAAAGGUAUCGCUAAACCAGGACCGGUGUAUGAAUUUAAUUAUUCUGGAUGGCCAGAACGACCGCCAUGCAGUCGUCACCCGAUCUUAGGGCGUAACGAUGAAAUGCGAAUCUUCAAGAGCACUCUCCAGAAUGCCAUGGAGCAGCAGAACAGGAGCUUCACAAGAUACCGUGACCAUGUGUAUGGUAUAGCCUUUACUGGAGAAUCACUAAUCGGGAAGACACGUAUGAUAGACGAAUGCCUCUUUGUCACUCCAGACUUUUUGCAGAAGGAGAAAAUAGUUCUAUGUUGCAAUGAUAAUGUACCUUACCAUUUGUUCCGAAGCAUCAUCGAGAAACACUUUAGGAAGGGAAGCCGUAGAAAUUCGCAAGAAAAUAAAGAGAACAGAAUAAGACAGGCUAUCUUAAUGGAGCAAACGACUCCACUUCAAGUUUACGGUAUCAACACUGUAUUUGAAUGUCAGUUCCCAUUGCCAGAAAACUUCAGAUACUAUGGCGAUAUCCUAUCCGAAUUUUCUGUUAAGAUCAUCAUUCAGGAUAUUUGCAAAAAGGUCCUGAUUCAAAUGUGCGUUGUAGCUGUGGAAGAAGCACAACACAUUGACAACGAGUCUUGGCGUUUAAUACUGAUGCUGUUGGAAAUUAAGAUUCUGUUCUUUGUAUUUUCCAUCGCUGAUGUUGAAACUAUGUCAGAUUUUGCAAAAAAUUGCUUCGAAAAUAACAUGAUAAAGAAGGUUCUUCUGGCAGGCAUCGAUCGCACGUACCACGCUGCACUUGCAUGUCAGCUACUAGACGUACAAGCUAUACCUGCUGAUUUAGAAAAGGUUAUCGAAAGUGCCAGUGGUGGGUCUCCAGGUUGGAUACAAAACUUCUUGAUAGCUUUAGUGCAAAGAGGAGCUCUGACUAUAGUAACAAUGACUCGUCAAGAAGCACAAAAGAAGCCAGGGCUUGUGAUGCCUGCUUCGACCCUACUACAGAAGGUCGUUGACGUGGAAGAAGAAGAAAUGGCUCGAAGACGCAGCUAUCAGGUCCUUAUAAAGAUUUUUACUCCAGAAAAUUAUACAAUCGGAAACAGAGAACUUGAUGGUGACCAUACGAUUCAAGUGGCAAUACUCGCGGACUCCUACACUUUCGAGGACAUGAAGGUUGAUAUGGCUAUGGAUGCAAUUAUAUUGAAAACCUACGACUCUUUGACUCCAUUUGAGAAGAUGUUGUUAAAAUGUGGAUCAGUGCUCGGAGAUGUCUUCUCUAGAAGAAUGCUUUUGAAUCUACUACAAUGUGAUUCUCCAAGAAAAGUAGCCCAAGCGAUAGCAAAGUUAUUCAUAAUUCGAGUACUGGAGUGUGAGGGAGGGGACUUCACUCACGAUACCUCCUUGGUCCUGGUACACCCAGCGCCAUCGGUCCCUGAUCCCAAGCCCCCGUAUUGCGCCUGUUUGGGGACCCGGCAACCUCCAAACUGCCGUGAUCUCCCCAUGUACGCGUUCUGUGGCUACAUUAAGUUCCGUCACUCCUUAUUCAGAACCACUACGUAUGAAAUGUUGACUGAGACACAGAAGCAUGAAAUGCAUGCCCGCGCUCUGCUCUACUUGGAGCGAUAUACAAGGAGAUGCACCAACUGCGGUGCUGGUUGCUUCUCCAGGCUUCUCGGAUUACGUUGUGAUGAUGGAUUAAUUUACGAAACAGAAGAAUUAAAACGAACGCGUCUCCAAAUCAGUGCGCUAAGUGCAGAAGCUAAGAUCCCUGGAGAAGAAAACACAAAUUUCUACGUCGAAAGUCAAUCUAGGCGACCGUCAAAUCAGAUAUACUCGAAGAACAAGCGCGUUCGUUCGUUUUCUUCUAUGGAGAUAGAGAACUGCGAAUGUCUGUCCAUACUUCUGUGCGUUUACAGUCAAGUUCUGGACCACUGCCGAGGAGCUAGUGAAUUUCAGAAACUAUACGAAGCAUACUUGGAGUAUGCAGAUUUGUGCAUAAAUAUAAGCAUUAACAUACCACAAGCGGUUCGUUUGUUAUUUGAAGUCGAAAGUUUUAUUGAGACAGAGGACUUUUACCCAAAGAACCUGAAUAAGAAAUGGGUCAGAGAUUUUUGCAUGGCAAACAUAUUUUCCUUGCGAGGAAUAUGUAUGCUGGAGUCUGGAGACCACAAUGAGGCUCGGAAGCAAUUGUUUCAUGCCAUGAAAUUGUAUAGGCAUCCCUUUCCUACUUCCAAACACAUGAUAAGACUAAAUAACAUGGGAGCGUCCUUUCAUCAAGUGAUGGCACUUUAUAUUGCGCCGAACUUCUACAUUGAGAGGGAAAGUGGUAUGAUAGGCAACUUUUACGAAGAUAUUGCAUUUACUCUGUAUAGACUGUACAGGUUAUUUACGGAAGCCAAGGAGCCAGCGAACGCAACGUUAGCAGCUAAAUGGUGCCUGCAUUAUGCUUUACGUACAAACUCCAACUUUCGACUGCUGUGUGUCAGUUACGCGAACAUGAUUGCAGAUUAUGGACAAAGGCAACAGUUCUCGAUGUGCGAAAAGCUGGAGAACCGAGCAAUGGAGAUUUGUCGUCGCAAACGUGGUCAGUUGGAUGUGACCGAAGUUCCGGCACUCAGUUAUUUAUACACAAGCAUAUUUCUUUUCUACGUUGACCAUGGAAAAAAGAUAGAAAGCUUGGAAUUCGGUUUGUCAGUGAUGCACAUGCUUACCACUCGGACUGAGAUGAACACGCGUGAAUCUCUGGUCUUAUGCAUGCUAAAGUUAUUGCUAAGCGACCUGAAGAUAAAUGAUAUGGUCACGAUCAUGAGGGAAUUCUUCUACUUGACUGAUCACUAUGAUUUAUGCUCUGAAACCUGGUACUAUUAUUAUGCAAUAGUGAUCCUCCUUGACACUGGAUACUGCGUGGAAUCGUACGGAACUUGUGAGAAGUUCUAUAUGAAGAAAGGGGAUGCAUUACUAAGAUCGAAGACUCCAGAAGCCGCUUGGAACUUUUUUGUUAGCAUGUGGCUGGUAACCAUAAGAGUAGGUGCAUGGGAAAGAUCCAUAUUAUGGGAAGAGAAGAUCAAGCAGCUACUAUCUAUGAAGCUGAACAGACACGAGUUCAACAUGAUGAUAAUCAUCAGACUGGUUGAGGGGCUCCUUAUUACAUUGGUGAGAGAGAUGGAUAACAGGAACAUAAAGAAGAUUAUGGUGUUGGAGAAAUACUUAAAACCUUUGUUUCUUGACAUGGAAAAAGCAUGUGCAAAAUCGCCUAUGUAUCGGUCAAGAUAUUGCCUAAUGUCGGCAUACUACGCCUAUAUAAGAGGUAAGAAACAUAGAGCGUACAAUUACCUGAAUAAGGCCCGGGACCUCUCGAAGCAGUACUCCAACCUUGUCCUCAUUUAUUGGGUGGAACACACACACAAUCACUGGAAAGGAACCCUAAACCCCAAGUUCAUAGAUUACUGGUCUGAACACAUAGAACCGAAUAAUUUGCUGGAUUUCAGAGAUUUCGACCCUCAAAAUAACACAAUUAUACCAUACACUUUACCUUUACCAACUGAUUUAGACAAAUAAGUCGUUUUUUAAUAUUAAACGUAUGGCAACACUUUAGUUUUAAAGAAGCAUAAUUUAAGUUCUCAUUUUCCUUUAUGGUAUUUUUUUUAAAUAAAGAAUAUUAAAAAUUAUCGUGAAGUUUCAAUCAAAUGAAAAUCCAUAACUGAUAGGCAAAAAUAUUUUAUUGAAUAAUAAAAUUUUAUAGCUACCAUUUUCACUAAGGGUCGUUGUAGACGAGAUUGCGAUAUGAACUAUCCAUUACCUAGUUACACGAAUAUAGACUUUACAGUCACGACAUAAAGACUAUCCCAGCUUAUUGGAAUGUGCCAGGACUCUUUCGAGUGAGCAUACCUUUCAAGCUCUCUUAUGGGCUUACUAACGGCGUAUUUAUAUCAUGUAUGCAUGGUGUACUAAUCUAAAAGGAG